CAGGAAGUUGGUCCACGCUGUCUCUGCAGGAGGCGGUUCGCGGUUGUUGCACUUCGAAAACAACACAUUUACGGACUGUAAACGAUGGAUUAACGGCGUUUAUAAACCGAAACAAUGACAGCGAUUAUGACCAAAGAAUCAGCAGUUCUUGAGGGUGCUUUCCUCUCGGCAGAUAAACUGUGUCGCCCCGCAUCCCUGUCCUCAGUUCAGAAAGCUGAAUGGAACCAGGUGGGGAAACCCAUCCUUCAGGCAGUCGGACAAAUCUGCAGACAGGAUGAACCCGACAGUCAUCCCGACCCGCAGGUUUUGAACUGGAAAAAAAGGAUAAUUUGUAUUGUUUGGCAGAAGUUGUUGUGUGCAGAAGCCAAGGAAGAUGUUGAGGAAACAUGGAGGGAGAACUCUUUAUUCUGUCUCCAGAACAGCCUUCCUGAGGUUAAUUCUGUUGUCCUGCUGGAAUUGGUAAAGUCAACAGCCGCUGCAAAGAUUUUUGCAAAUUUUCUUCUGCAUCUUCCUCUACCUUCAAUCUGCAUUGAGCUGAAGAGGCUGGCCCAGCAUGUUAGAAGCGAUCCCAAAAGGGAAGAGGAUGUCCAAUUUCUUCUGGAUGUGUGGCGUGAACUGUGGAAAGGCAAACAUGAAACAAAAGUGAGAGACGGUGAAUGUAUUGAAAUUAUGUUUGCUAGCCAUUUUGCGCGUCUCUCCUCAAAGUCCUGUAGUCUGUCCCCUCAGGCUGCUAAAAGACUAAAGCUAGACACGCCAGGUUUGCCAGCAUCAUCAGCAAACACUGAUGUUUUGCACAUUCUUCUUCAUACCCUGAAGGACAUGACAGAUCAGGUAUCCUCAACAGACCUGUGUUUCCAGUCCCUGUCCGUUUCCCUGGAUGCUCUUUACACAUCUUUCUUGAUAGACCAAGAAGUCAUACUUUCAGUCAAGGAGAAGUUGUGCAUCCUGUGUAAAUUCAUUAGCGCCGGAGGAAAGAAAGAGAACGUAACUGCAGAACUCGUUCAUGAGGCUCAACGAAACCUGCAUGCUUCUCAUUCACCUUCUCAGUUUCAACCCAACGUGAUGAAACUUGGUGAAGCCCUGAAGAUUAUAACAGAACUCGCACAGUGUUGGCGAGACAGGAAUGUCCUCAACAUAUGUGACGGCUCAGUUUCUUCCAACUCUGUGUUACAGCUCGAACAAAGUAUUCAGAGAGUCGUGACUGCUCUUGAAGUCAAACAUCCCACCGCUGUGACUGAGAAGAAUAUACUGGAACAUUUACUGACGUCACUAGCUUUCCCUACCAUCGAGAGCAGCCCUGAAGUGCACGCAAAAGUCAUCACCACCAUUAUUCGUCACCGACUAGAAGACUACAAAAAUGUGGCUGUGCUGUUUGCCACCGAGACGUCUCUAGAUUGUGAUGAACGCUGGAUGGACUGCCUGGAGAGGAACCAAGCUGCUUUUCAGCAACACGGCAUCGUCGUGAGCCUCUCAUCCACCCUCAUGACUAAACUGCACGGGGGGAGUUCAGAUGUUGGCCGUAACAGGAAAUUGAUGAAGAUCAUUGCAGAUAUUUUCUCUGCACUUUCUUUAGAAGAUAAGAACAAAGCCCUGGGUGCCAUGGUGAGAUUAUCCAGCAGGGGGUUCUUCGGGGGCUCCGUUCCCUCUGCUGUCACUCAAGGGUUCGAACAGGAACUCAACAUGGCCUUCAACUGCAUCAUCCAAGGAGGAGGCGGGACGCCAGCAGCAGUGUCACAGGGCACCCUUACCACAGCGGUGUCUUUAGUAGCCAGGGUGGCCUUUCAAAACCCAGAGGCUGCUUUGAGGUCCUGCUGCCAUUCUGCUGUCUUUAAUAAAGGCGCUUUCUCUAUUGUGGGACAGAUUCUGCAGCAACUGCCUGGACUUCGAGGUCAGAGUGGAGUUAAAGAUGAAGAAGAAACAAAAGAUACAGAGGGAAAAAAACAUGUAGGGAGGAACGCGGUGAGGGCUUGUAGUCUGCUCUGCAGGUGUUUAAAGGAGAUGCUUCGGAACAAAUCGCUCUCAGCCAACGAUAAAGAACAGUUUGUCAAGUUUGUGGGCUUGCUGAUGUUGCCUGACGCGCACGAGGAGCAGGGACGAAGCUUUCUGUCACCCCAAGAGGUUGUGAACAACUUUGUCCUGCCUAACAUCUCUGCUGAAGGUCGCUCUUCUGUCAAUACAGACUUGGGUUUGCAACUUCUCCACAUUGCUUUGUCGAUGGACAUCCAGGAACCCCAACACCCCUCGUGCCACUGGAUGUUGAACUGCUCUCCUGUUCCCCUACUCUAUAUCCUGGCUCAGCUUUACAACCAAGCUAGCAGAUGCUGGGACCAGCCUCAAGAGAGUACUAUCCACCUCCACUUCAUGAGCUCCAAAGAGCUACUUGUGUCCAUUCUGACCAGACUGGGUCAGGUGGUGGGUUCAGUGGUGGAGGCGGUCCCCAGCAAAUGGUCAAGAGCUUUGUUCUGGCUCUACAACAAGAUGGAGGAACUGGACUGGACAGCUCGGUUUUACCUGAAGCCUGUGUGGGGACAACAUUUUAAAAAUGAGGUGCCUUCAUCCCUGCUGGCAGUGUGUGAUCUGCCUGAACAGGACUGGUCAGGCUUGGAUCUGCCUCAGUAUGGGCAGGGCACAGGUCUUUUAGCCUGGCUGGAGUGCUGCUGUGUCUCUGACUCCCUGAAGUCCACCAUGCUGUCCUGUCUCUCUCUGGAUCAGCGCCAGCCCGACCACGUCAACAUGUUCAGCAAAGGCUUGCUGGUGGCUCUGACCCAAAUCCUCCCCUGGUGCUCCAUCUCCCAGUGGACCAGACUUCUGAGAGUCCUAAGGGAGCUGAUUACGUCUGGCCGCUUGAACGUCCCUUUCUCUCUGGAGUAUGUCGACUAUCUUCCACUUCUGGAUCUAAGGCAAUUUUCCUGUGACCUGCGCCUGUCAGUUCUCCUGCUCCGAGUAUUUCAGCUGCUCUGUGGGUCCAGCUGCUCUCAUUGGCUGUCAGCUAGUGGCUGUUCCCAUGUCAGCAGGUUGUAUGCCCACGCUGUGAGGGAUAUAAUAAACUCUGUUAAAGCCAAGCUGCCGCUCUCUUCACCUGGCGCUGCAGCCGGUUCUGCUUCAAUAUCUCUGAAACCACCUGCAUCCAUAGAGUCAAGUCCCUGUCACAUUUCUCUUGAACCUCCUACAAUGUAUGAAGACCCUCUGACAGACUCUGGAAACUCUGCUUGGGUAUCAAGAGAGUCUCAUUUGGAGAUUGAGGGGGAGGCAGCUCCAAGCCAGGAGGUUCUUUUUGUUCUCAGCCAGCUCUUUUGCCAUGUGCAACACAUCCAGGUGAUGAUACCUGGAGGCCAGUCCGAGUCUCUGUUCCUGUGCAGUCUGGAGAUCCUUAGUCACUAUGAGGCCACCAUGGCUACUUUCCCAGACAGCUGUGGCCCACUGGAGUGCAACAACACCCGCCAUUUCUUUUCCACCAUCACAGACAAUCUGGACAACCAGGAGAUGAAAGCUGUUCUGCUGCAAAAGAUCGCUCAGCUCGUGUCUUCAGCAGCUUAAUGCCAUCAUGCAACAUGUCAUGUUUUUCACUGAAAACUGUUGUUCACUGUAUUUAAGAACCAAAGACAGUGUCGUAUUUUCUUACUGUAGCAGAGAAUAAGCUGAGUUUGGAAUCUAAGAAAAUUAAAAAUGUGACAUUUUCCAGCAUGUCUUUGUGUUGCUCAAU